CGAACGAAGACCACCAUGAAGGCCGUGCUUUGCCUCGCUGCCCUGACCGUCACUUUCGCCGUUGCCGCCGCCGGUGGCUUGGGUGGCCUCGGCUACGGUGGUGGUCUUGGCUAUGGUGGCGGCAUUGGCCACGGUGGCUUUGGUGGCAUUGGCGGCGGCAUUGGCCACGGCGGCUUUGGUGGCAUUGGCGGCGGCCUAGGCCACGGUGGCUUGGGUGGCAUUGGCGGCAUUGGCGGCCUCGGUGGCUUCGGCUAUGGCGGAGGAUACGGUGGCCGCUACGGGGGAACCUACGCCGGCAGCUACGCUGGCACCUACGGUGGCAGCUACGGUGGCGGAUACGGUGGUCACCUCGGCGGCCUCUACGGCUAAGCACACAUUCAUCUAGGGUUUACAAAUUUAGUAAUGUACAGGAGAUACGAAGAACACACCUAUGCGUGGAAUCAUUGGCUUAUUUAAUUUGACUCGAAAGCAAAAAUAAAUACCGUGAGACAAC